GCAUGGCGACCACUGAGGAGGAGAGGCUGGCAGGGAGCGGUGAGGGAGAGCGGCUGGAUUUCCUGAGGGACCGACACGUGCGGUUCUUCCAGCGAUGCCUCCAGGUCUUGCCGGAACGCUAUUCUUCGUUCGAGACCAGCAGGUAACUCGUCGCCACAGUUAGCGGGGUCGGCACAGAGCUGGGGCUCCCGCCAGCGGAAAGACGCAGUGUAGUCGAGGGCUUUUGGAAUCUUCAGUUUCUGCCUUUUUCACGAUCAAAUCUAAAUCGUUGUGGUUUCCGAGGCUCUUCAUACCUGGGUAUUCCAUUCAAUCCAUCAAAGAAAAUCAUUAUUUUCAGUUUUUGUGCAGUACCUGAAGGCAGUGAAAAUGACAUGAGAUUUGUGUACUGUGCUUCCUGUAUUUGCUAUAUGCUCAACAACUGGUCAGGCAUGGAUAUGAAAAAAGCCAUCAGCUAUAUUAGAAGAAGUAUGUCCUAUGACAAUGGGCUGGCACAGGGAGCUGGACUUGAAUCUCAUGGAGGAUCUACUUUUUGUGGCAUUGCAUCACUGUGUCUGAUGGGUAAACUAGAAGAAGUUUUUUCCGAAAAAGAAUUGAACAGGAUAAAGAGGUGGUGUAUAAUGAGGCAACAAAAUGGUUAUCAUGGAAGACCUAAUAAGCCUGUAGACACCUGUUAUUCUUUUUGGGUGGGAGCAACUCUAAAGCUUCUGAAAAUCUUCCAAUACACUAACUUUGAGAAAAAUAGAAAUUACAUCUUAUCAACUCAAGAUCGCCUCGUAGGGGGAUUUGCCAAGUGGCCAGAUAGUCAUCCAGAUGCUUUGCAUGCAUACUUUGGGAUCUGUGGCCUGUCACUAAUGGAGGAAAGUGGAAUUUGUAAAGUUCAUCCUGCUCUGAAUGUAAGCACACGGACUUCUGAACGCCUUCUAAAUCUCCAUCAAAGCUGGAAAACCAAGGACUCUAAACAGUGCUCAGAGAAUGUACAUGUCUCCACAUGACUGACUUUAGACUGGGAGGGUGGGGGGAUUUGUAGCAUAACUGUAGCUCCAGGUUAAAAGCCAUGUAUAACCACCUUGUGCUCUUUUUUUAAGAGGUAGAGUCUUACAAUCAAAUCUUGUACUGAUGUCACUUUGGGAUAUAUUCUUGAGCCAGUAACUUUUGUACUGGGUUUCAAGAAAAUCUUUGUUGAAGUUUGAACCACGACUCUGUAAUGGUUCUUAAAUGUUUAUACUGUAUUUCUAAGAAGUUCUUUGAGGCAAACUAACUGUAUGUAUGUAGGUUAUCUUUUUAAAAACUCUUCAGUACAAAUUGUAUCUUCUUAUAAAAUGGACACAAAUCUUAAAAACAAGUUUACACUUCAUAUAGCAUUGAUAAUCUUCAGGUGAACACUUAGUGAUCAUUUAAAAAGCUUGACAGCCGAUGGUAGAAAAUUUGCUUUAAUGAAUUAAGUAUCUAGGAUUAUUCUUUGGAAACAGAUGAUCCCAUAAUUUUUUUUUAAAGAAAAAAUUAUUUUGUCUUAUUUUAAGUAAAAUGUGCCAAUUAAA